UACACUAUGAACAGCUGUCCACCUGAGAACUGUUCUGGGUACAGGACGUGUGGCCAGUGUCUGGAGCAGCCUGGCUGUGGCUGGUGUACGGACCCCAGCAAUACAGGGCGUGGCCAGUGCAUUGAGGGAUCCUAUCGGGGGCCAUUCCAGACCGCAGUCCCCGCCCCCUCCACCCUGCCUGGCCCCACCUCUAGUCCCGCCUCCCAGCCGGCUCUCAACAUCAGCAUGUGUCCUUACGAUACCAAGUACAACUGGAGCUUUAUCCUCUGUCCAG